GUCGCCAUCUUAUCAUAGAUUGUUGUUCUUUUUCCUUUUUUUACCCAAAAUUCAAAAAAUAUAUUUUACAUACUACAAUUUGUAGCAAAAUAGGCUUCGUUUUUACUGAUUUGAUUUUCUGCAUGAAAAUAUUGUUUUAAGAAUAGAUAUAUUUUCGCUAAGUUCUCUAGGGCAAGAGUUGUUUAUCCCGUAUGUGUAUCUGUUCUGUAUUUUCAGCUUGUUUUGUCAAGAGAAGCAAGCAGCCAAUGAAUGAUUGCCUCAUGGCUACUAUUAAUGACAUAAAUUGAAGUUUGAGUUGGCCCAUGGAUGUAAAACAAAAAAAACAAAAAAUACUUUGAUUAAGAAAACAAACAUAAUUGAUACAUCAACAAUAGAUAAUAUCAAAACAAACAAAUUUCUUUCAAAUUCUACGAAUUUUGUGAUUGAUUCAUUUUUAGGGAUAAUUUUGGGUCAACUGGGCCCCAUCAUGCAUUAAACACUAAGCAAGAAGAAUAUUAUCAAAACACUAAAUUUUCUAAAUAAAGAUGCGAACAAUAGGACUGAACAUUUCAUUUAAAUACAACUAAACACCUUGCCCUGUCUGCUCUCUAUUUUCAGCUUGUAUUGUCUCGGAAGAUCAGGUUAAACAGAAUCAGAUUUACCUAAGAAAACCAUCGUGUAAUCAUAUCGCCAUUUUUUAAUGUUUGUAUUUUGCCGAGAGUUCACAAAAAGAUUUGAUGGUGUUAAAUAAUUAAGAUCAGUUUGUUAGGGAUUUGUUCAAAAUUGUCUGUGAUUGAUGAUCUCUUGAAUUUGUAUGGAUAUUUUACUUUCGUUUAUCUACUUUCAAUUUUCAUUUGAUACUUGUCAUGGGCCUUAUUCACGAUUAAUACUUAAACUUAAAGGUUUUAAGAAUUCAGCAUUUUCAUUGGCUGAAAAUUAAUAUCAUAUUAGUAUGCCUUUAACCAGUGAAAAUACAUUGUUCUUAAAAUACUUAAGUUUUAAGAUUUCAUCACUCUUAAAGCCCCUGACUUUUAAUCAAGUGCUGCUAUAAAUUUGGUGAGCGUUGCGUAUUGUUAUCAAGCUGUGUUGACAUGUCGUUCUGAAACAGACGGCUAAUGCAGUCAGGGUGUCGGUUAUUAGAUAUCAAAGUCAUUGUAUUUGAUCCACGUCUGCGUUAAUUGUUUGAUUGCCUCUUACCAGUGUUUUGUUGCGUAAUUUGUUAAUAUCCAAUGACUUUGCCAUAAAUAUUUUCAUCUAGUUUCAGGUUUUGUUUUAUAUUGCAGAAAAAGACAUCAAAUAUUUUAUCCCUUGAAUUGGAGAGUUUUAGGAAUUACAUAUUUAGAGUGAAUACCUACAUGUAGCCUAUAGAAAUCCUAAUAGUAGCAUUCCAUUAUAUAUAUUAUAUCUUAAUCUCAUUUUUUGCGUUGGGGUGCAGGAUUGUGUAUUUAAUCAGAUUUGUUUAUGCAAUGGUUGGAUACGACAUGUAGAAUUGACAAAAAAAAUCAAAAGUGACAAGCAUAAAUUGAAAUACGGUACAAAAGUAAAUAUAUACCCUUUUAUUACACUACUUAAUGCAGGAAAUCUGCACACGAGAACUAGACAAAACAAACUAUAGUAAUGAAAUGAGUCAAAAUCUAUCUGGAAUUAUUUGAUAGCCGACUUCAGCGAUUCACUGAAUAUAAAAGUUUGAAUAAACAAUCUAGGUAUUUGAACUAGUCUUAACUAAGACCAUUCGUAUGAUUGAAGUACCUUUUUGAAUUCCUUUGCUUGUUGUUCAAUUCUGGGGAUUUUGUUUUCAAUUCUUCGUCCUUAUAAGUUGUUUAAACUAUCUAUUGUUCAAAUAUGAAGCCAAUCUGAUUAAAACAAAGAUCCUAUUUCGUUGCGUUUUUUUUUUUUAUAGUUCAAAUUUUCGAUGUAUUUGCCGUCACUACAAUAGAAUCUGGAAGAGUUGUUAUAUAACCUACGUUCUGGUUGAUGUGAGGGAUUAGCCAAUGAAACAGUCUGUUGUAGCAAGUUCUUGGCGUGCUACACAUAAGACUGUGGGUAUCCUACUAGAAACAUCAAUGCAUAUUGGUUAAUCAAAUCUCUGACGCAACCUUACACUACAACCGGUCAGAUCUUCAUGUAGUAGAAGCCAUCGAAAGUAUAAAAAAACGAAAUGAAAUCUAGAUCUGUAACUAUUAUAAUCAGAUAGAUAUUAGUCUUAUAAUCUGUUCAAUAUCCUGGGAAAAGGUACUCUUAUUAUUGAAUGUAUGAUUGUAGGGAAUUAUCAACCUUAUUGUAGGGAAUUUAUCAACCUUACAAUUGUUUUAAGACCUACUACAUUCAUUGUUUAGUUAGAAAAUGGUGUAAUUGACUUGUUGAGAUAUGUUUUCUUGUUUUUAGAUCUUUUUUUUUCAGGUUUCGAGAAAAAAAUAUAUAUUUUUUUUUGGUUUUAAGAAAAACACAAGCUAUCAUGUCAGAACAUAUCAAUAAUGUUGUUCUUUUUUCUUCUUCUUUCUGUGUUUUUCAUAUGAAUUGGUUAAAGCAGUGCUAAUAUGUAACCAGCCUGCCCUUUAAGAUGGCUUCUUAUAAAAUUACAGCCCAAGUAGGGCUUAACAGGGGCCAUAAAACAACCAAACAGGGCGGAAGAUUACAUCGGAGAAGUACCCAGUCAAGCGGAUCAGUAUGGUAUGUUACUAGAGGGACCUGGCGCCAAGCGAGACACAAAGCCCUUCAGUCUACCACGCCUCAGUUCAUCGCAACAAGAAUUAAUUCAGAAAGCCAAGAAAUAUGCCAUGGAACAGAGUAUUAAAAGUGUUUUAGUGAAACAGACUAUAGCACAUCAGCACCAGCAAAUGCAGAAUUUCCAGACAACAGUUCAAAGACAGCAAGCUCUGGCUUUAAUGUGCAGGAUUUAUAUCGGCAGUAUUAAUUUUGAAAUUAAGGAAGACACAAUUAAACAGGCCUUCUCGCCUUUUGGUCCGAUUAAAAGUGUCAAUCUGUCGUGGGACCCGAUUACAAACAAACACAAGGGCUUCUCCUUUAUUGAAUAUGAAAUCCCAGAAGCAGCUCAAUUGGCGCUAGAACAGAUGAAUGGUGUUAUGAUCGGUGGACGAAAUAUUAAAGUUGGUCGUCCUAGCAACAUGCCCCAAGCUCAACCAAUCAUAGAACAGCUUGCAGAAGAAUCCAAAUCGUACAAUCGUAUUUAUAUUGCAUCAAUUCAUCAUGAUUUAUCGGAAGUUGACAUUAAAAGUGUUUUUGAAGCUUUUGGUACCAUUAUAACUGUUAAUAUACCUUUAGAUCCAACAAAACCAGGCAAACACAAGGGUUUUGGUUUCAUUGAAUAUUCAACUCAACAGGCAGCUGCUGACGCUGUCGCUUCCAUGAAUCUGUUUGAUUUAGGAGGACAAUAUCUUCGUGUUGGCAAGGCGAUAACACCACCUGAUGCUUUAGACGUACCCAUCGGACCUGGUAGCAUGCCUACAGCUGCAGCCGUAGCAGCAGCUGCUGUAACAGCCAAAAUAACAGCCAUGGAUGUACAACAACAGAUCAGUCAAGUUACAGGUUUACCUAUUCCAGCAUCCACCAGUCCAGCCGCAGGUGCCACCUCUAAGUUCCAACAAGUGGCUCCACCAGACGCUAUUCCUCCACCAUCUGUCCUCGUGCCUACACAGAUCGGACAACCAGGAGUUGCCGUCGUGCCAACGUUGGGUAUGGGUAUGCCAGCUCCUGUCAGUAUGCCCGGUAUGAUGUCGAUGCCCGGAAUGGGUGGUAUGCCCAAUAUGCCAAUGUCUCUACACAAUGUCCCACUACCUCCCAUGCCUCCACCAAGUCAAGACAGUCCUUUUGCUCGGGAGAAAUCUGAAGAGAAUGACAAGAAGAAGAAAGAUGAGAGUGACUUACCACAGACGUUAGAUCAACAAGAAAAUAUGAAAAUCAGUGGAACAAACGCACGUCAUAUGGUCAUGCAAAAACUCAUGAGAAACUCUGAGUGUCGUGUAAUGGUGUUACGUAAUAUGGUUGGACCUGAAGAUUUAGAUGAUGAGUUAGAAACAGAAGUUACGGACGAAUGUGGUAAAUUUGGAAUCGUAAAUCGUGUUAUUAUUUAUCAAGAAAAACAGAGUGAAGACGACGAUGCAGAAAUUAUCGUAAAAAUAUUUGUUGAAUUUACGCAACAAGAAGAGGUAGAAAGAGGUAUCGCAGCUUUAAACGGAAGAUUCUUCGGUGGACGGAGAGUUCGAGCCGAAAAAUAUGACAUGGAUAUGUACGAAGGAAGUGAUUUGUCCGGUUGAAUGAUUUAAUUUAUCGGGACAAGAAAAAAAAACAUGACGUUGUUAUUUGUUAUCUAUUUCGUUGUUAAUAUUCUGUGGAUUAUACGAUACAAGAUACAGCAGCCGUUUUAUAACAAGUCAAAGAAUUACGAUGAUUUAAAAUAGUGUAGAAAUAAAUGCUGAAAUUGCUAAUGAACGAAAAAUCGCUUAAAUUUCAUGAUGUGACUGGUAGAUAUUACGUAUUUCGUUGUUAACAUUCUGUGGAUUAUAUGAUACACACUAGAUACAGCAGUCGUUUUAUAACAAGUAAAAGAAUUACGAUGAUUUAAAAUAGCGUAGAAAUAAAUGCUGAAAUUGCUAAUGAAUUGGAAAUCGCUUAAAGUCCAUGAUGUAUGUGAUUGACGGAUAUUACGUGUUUUUAUCGCAGAAAUUUGAAAGUUUUAAAAGAUCACAGAAUUUGCUAAGAAGUGGUGAUUUAAAAGCUUAAAAUUGUGUAGAAAUUAAUGCUGAAAUUGCUAAUGAAUGGAAAUCGCUUAAAUUUCAUGAUGGAUGUUAAGUGACAGAAAUAUGAAAGUUUUAUAUAAAAGUGAUAUAAUAAUACCGGUACACCCCUGAACACACUGAAACACUUUGAAACUAGUGUUUGUUAGAUCGCCCCAAACCGUCCAUGAUACAUGUGUAUUAAUAUCUGUACGCCCCUGAACACACUGAAACACGUUGAAACUAGUGUUUGUUAGACCGCCCCAAACCGUCCGAGAUACAUGUAUGUGAAUAGCCGUCCAUAUUCCACGUGUAAGACCAUUUUGCGUGUGCCACGGCUGUGCACGUGAUUUUAUAUGGAAGCUAUCAAUAAGGUACCAGUUCGUUCUUCAAGAUACUGUAGUAAAUACUAUUAAAAAUCUUUUGAAUCUUUAUUAUUAGUUUAAUCUUUUCAAUCUUUAUUAUUCGUUUAAUCUUUUCAAUCUUUAUUAUUAUUUGAAUAUUAGUUUAAUCUUUUCAAUCUUUAUUAGUUUAAUCUUUUCAAUCUUUAUUAUUUUAUUACUCCUGUUACAGUAAAUACUAAUCAACACUAAUACAAGAUAGAUUAACACUAAUACAUGUACAUGGCUCAAAAUGUUUGCCUAUAUACUUGUGGCCGACAGGUGAUUUUUAAGUCUUAACAGGUAAAAAAACUACCUGUCAACAGGUUGUCUCAGUUAUACUUGAUGUAGGGUAAAUUGAUUUCAGAUCAGAAUACUCAAGUAUCAUGUCACAUAUAUUUAAUUAUUCCUUUGCAAAUGUAAGAAUUAACCAUGGAAAUACCGCUAAAAGACGAAAUUUUCAUUAUUUAUACUUAGCUUUUUUGUAAGGUACAGUUUGAUUAUCCAAUUCACGGAUAAUUGAUUGGAACGGAUGGAAGACAUGAAAAUAAAUUACAGCCGCAACGACAAAAAUUAUAUCCAGAUGUAAAAUUUGAUCACCAAAAUAUUAUUUUUAUCACAGUUUGACAGGGUGAACGUUGCAUGUGAUAGAGCGGUUUGGGGUGGUCUAUGACCCCUAGUUUAUAGGACGGUCUACAUGUAAGUGCUAAGGGGUUUAUGAGAAUAUCACUAGUGGUGUGAAAGGAUACAAUUUGGUUGAUGGUUUCCUAUAUACAGUGAAAUCUGUCACAUCCGACAUCUGAAUACUACGACAUUCUGUGAAAUUGUAAGGAUCCUGUACGGUGUCAGAUUUGACAGUCAGUACGAUGUCAGAUUUGACAGAGGUCCACUGUACAUAUAUGUAAGGCCAAACCAAUUUGAUUUUCUGUGAAUUAUGUAAAAAAUGUUUUGUAUAAAAUUUUAAAACUGACUAAUUUCGUAGUUAAAGCUUUUGAACAAUGCAACUAAGUACAUGUUAUGUACCUUUGGAAUUUAAAGCAGUUUUCUUCCGGAAGAAAUAAGGAAAAUAUUUAACUGGUGUUCACAAAGAAAUAAGGAAAAUAUUUACAGGUGUUCACAAAGAACAGAAAAUCAAAUUGCAGUGGCCUAAUUUAUAGUGCUAAAACAGGCCUGGUAAUAUGGCACCUGUCACGGACAUUGACAGGUACACUAUCCAUACAGUGCCUGUCAUUAUGUCAAUCAUAGACUUGUGUUUUUAUUGAUGUCAGUUACAAAGUUCAUCACUGUCUGACACAUUGUCAGGUAUAACUAAAUGCAAUAUUGUCAGGCCUGUGCUCAACAUGUAAAUAAUACUAUUAAAGAUUCAUCAUGUAAGAUUUAGAUAAAGAGCUGGUGGUUCUUGCUAUAAUAGUUAUAUUAAAGAUGCAUUAUGUAAGAUUUAUAUAAAGAACUGACAUUUCUCGCUAUAAUACAUAGUUAAGAUAUAGAUUAUGAAAAAGGGAAUUUAAAAAUUUCUGUCAAACUUCUUCAUUUUUAGGCCAAAAUAAAGAUCUGCAAAAGGCAGAUUUAGCUCUAACAUAAUCCUUCUUUAAUUUUCAUACAAUUCAUAAAUCAUUUCAUUCUCACCUUGCUUUUAUGUAAAAAAAAUAAAACUGUUAUAACUUGAUAUCGCAGUACAAUGGUAUCACAUUAAAGAUAUAUUUCCUGGACAGUUGAAAUUAAGAAUAUAAGAAUAGGCUGUAGCAAUUUAAUUCAAAUACAGAUCUGUAUUUUGUUCUGUUUUUUUCGAUGGCCUACAUUACAUGAAGAUCUGACAAGUUGUAAUGGAAGGUCGCGUCAGAUGUCAUACGAGCGGCCUUUGACCUUAUAACAUCAGACAUUGAUUAUUUAAUCAGUGUUGACGUUUCUAGUUGUUUACCCAAAGUUCAGUGCACAGAACUCGCUGUAACAGACUUUUUCAUUUGCUAAUCCCUCACUCCAUCCAGGAUGCAGGUUAUAUAACAACUCUUCCAGAUCCUGGUGUAGUAAAGACAAGUAAAAUGAAAUUUUGAACUUCAUGUAUAAAAAACAAAACAAAAUAGGAUCUGUGUUUUAAUGAGAUUGCGGCCGUAGCGCAGCUGUCCAAGCAAAAUUUCCCUCAUAGCACACCAUAUGCUGUAUACGUGUCUACAUUAACCCAGUCAUUGCUGAAAAGUAGGACGUUGCUCUUCAUUUCAUUUCAUUUACCCGAUGUAUUAAUUAAUACAAGAGCCAUAGUGUUUCAGUUUUGGCUACCUAUUAACAGUAAAGUGAAUUUUAAAUCAUUCAUGAUGUAUGUAAUAUAAAUAUCUGUGUUUAUCAAUUGUGUAGUAAAACAGAUUGUACAGCAAAUAAAAUAUUGUUAUCAUA